AUGAAGGCCACUUUCGUCGUUCUCGCUGGCGCCGCCCUCGUUGCCGCCCAGCAGCUCAGCAGUCUGCCCCAGUGCGGUCAAACAUGUAUCAACAACAUGAUCAGCAUCGCCAGCUCCCAGCUCGGCUGCAGCAACGGCAACGUGACCUGCUACUGCACCCAGCCCGACUUUGGCUACGGUGUCCGUGAUUGCGCCAAUCAGGCCUGCGCCAACUCUGGCGAUGCCAACACUGUCAUCUCCUUCGGCGUCACUUACUGCCAGAACGCCCUCGCUGCCUUCUCUUCGACUGCCAGCGGCUCCGCUUCCGCCAGCGCUGUCGGCGUCCUCACUGGCUCCAUGACUGGCAGCGCUUCGUCGACCGCUACCGUUACCUCCACCGUCACGGGUGGUGCUUCCGGAGCUCCCUCGAACUCCGCCAACGCGACCGAGUCCAGCAGUGCGAUCAGCACCGCCCCUCUGACUGCUCUCGUUUCCGCUUCUGGUUCGUCGUACACGACUACUACCGGCUCGACCACCAUCUUCGGAAUUGGCGGUGUUGCUGCUGGCGCAACUGGGUCGGCUGCCAGCGGUGCUAGCUCUGGUGUUUCUGGUGCCUCGUCUGCUGGUGCUUCCGCCACUUCUGGUGCUGCUUCAGGGGUCUCCUCUGGUGCUUCUGGUGCCUCCUCUGCCGCAUCCGGCGCUUCAAGCCAUGCCUCAUCUGCCGGAUCUGCCGCGUCUUCGGCCGCCGGUGGCGCUGCUUCCUCCGCCUCUUCCGCAGCUGGCGCUGGUGCUCUCCAGACUGCUGCACCCGCUCUUCUCGGUGCUGCCGUUUUCGCUGUCCUCGCCCUCUAA